UUCCAUUGAGAAGAAGAGGGAAAGAUGGCGUCCUCUAACAAUCCUCGCAAAUUUAGCGAAAAAAUCGCUUUGCAUAAUCAGAAACAGGCGGAGGAAACCGCUGCGUUUGAAGAAGUGAUGAAAGACCUGAACAUCACCAGAGCCGCGCGGUUGCAGUUACAGAAGACCCAGUAUUUGCAACUAGGGCAGAAUCGUGGACAGUACUAUGGAGGCUCACUGCCCAAUGUCAAUCAGAUUGGAAAUGGCAACAUUGACCUGCCUUUUCAGAACUCUGUGCUGGAUACCAGCCGGACAACCAGGCACCACGGGCUGGUGGAGCGUGUUUACCGUGACCGGAACCGCAUCACAUCUCCUCACCGCCGGCCGCUGUCAGUUGACAAACAUGGACGCCAGAUUGACAGCUGUCCUUACAGCUCAGUUUACCUCUCCCCACCGCCAGACACAAGCUGGAGAAGGACAAAUUCGGACUCUGCCUUACACCAGAGCGCCAUGAAUCCGAAGCCCCAGGAGGUGUUUGCAGGGGGAUCACAGGAGCUGCAGCCUAAACGAGUACUGCUGCUAACAGUGCCUGGGACGGAGAACUCGGAGUCGAAUGCAGACAAGGAUGCGCAGAAACAGUUAUGGGAUGACAAGAAGGAUGAUUCAUCAAAGCCCAACACAUGUGAUGUCCCGGGAAUCAAUAUAUUCCCAUCACCAGACCAGGAGUUGAACCCGUCCGUGCUCCCAGCUGCACACAACACCGGUGGUUCGCUGCCUGAUCUGACCAACAUCCAGUUCCCUCCUCCACUGUCCACUCCACUGGACCCCGAGGACACCGUGGCCUUCCCCUCCCUCAGCGCAUCCAACAGCACGGGCAGCCUGACCACCAACCUCACCCACCUGGGCAUCAGCGCUGCCAGCCAUGGGAUCCCCACCUCCUCUCAGCCCACCAUGACUGUCACAGCACAGCGCCGGCAGCCCCCCGUUGUGCCGCUCACUCUCACCUCGGACCUCCAUCUUCAACAGUCCCCACAGCAGCUUUCACCCACCCUCUCCUCACCUGUUAACAUCACACAGGCCUUGCCAACAGAGUCACUGACCCUGGAGCAGCAGCUCUCCCAGUACCCCCUGUUCAACCAGCUGACGGCCCAGGCCCAGGCUCAGCUGCUCAGCGACCUCCAGAAGCAGCAGCAGGCUCUGCCACAGGGCAUCCAGCUCAUCACCUUACCAACACUGGCUUCCCCUGGUACCACCGCCACUGCCAGCAGCCCCUCCCCAGACAGCCAGAGCCAGACCACCGCCAGCAUCAGCAUUGGCUCGUACCGCAAUCAGACUGGCUCACCAGCCACUCAGUCUCCAACCUCCCCAGUCUCCAAUCAAGGCUUCUCCCCCGGCGGCUCGCCUCAACACAUUCCCGUGGUGGGCAGUAUAUUUGGCGACUCCUUCUAUGAUCAGCAGUUGGCUUUGAGGCAGACCAAUGCGCUCUCUCAUCAGCUGGAGCAGUUCAACAUGAUCGAGAACCCCAUCAGCUCCACCAGCCUUUACAACCAGUGCUCCACCCUCAACUACACACAGGCGGCCAUGAUGGGCCUCACCGGGAGCAGCCUACAGGACUCGCAGCAGCUUGGCUACAGUAGCCACGGCAACAUCCCCAACAUCAUCCUAACAGUCACAGGGGAGUCUCCGCCGAGCCUCUCCAAAGAGCUCACCAACUCUCUGGCGGGCGUUGGUGACGUCAGCUUCGACGCAGACUCUCAGUUCCCUCUGGACGAGCUGAAGAUCGACCCACUCACCCUGGACGGACUGCACAUGCUCAACGACCCCGACAUGGUGCUCGCCGACCCCGCCACCGAGGACACGUUCAGGAUGGACAGGCUGUAAUGGGAGAAGCUGGCCGAGAACAAGAAGAAAAAAAACACACUAACUCGUGGAUGGAGAGAAACAAAGGGCCGGAUGAACCCUCUCCCUCGUUGCAUGGCCGUCCAGCUGUCCGACCUCGCCCUCGACUCCGUGAAGCCCUUUGAAACGAUGCGCCACCAAAAGACAACAGGGAAAAAGACAUCCAGUGGCUUGCCAGGGAAUGGCCUCGCUGUCGUUUUGAAUGAGAUUCGUCGCUCAGCGCUUUCGCUAGCCUGCUGUGUUUACAGUGUACCAUUACAUGCCACAUAUAUUCCAAAAACGCACAUUUGACUAUGUUUGGUUUUUUUUCUUUUCAUAUCCACUUUAAUAUUUGUUUUGUUGAUAUUUGCUCGUAGCAGGAAGCUGCUAGGACAUUGGGCUAAACCGUACCCGUUCUCACGGCUGUAUAAAAAACAAACAGAAAAACACCACAGCCGGUUUGCUUGUACCCUGCAAUCAAAUGAAUCGGUUUUCCCAUCAUGCCGUAACGGCUUUCUAUUUCACACUCAAAGCUUUAUUUUUGAGAACCAAAUGUUAUUUUCAUCAUGUACUGUAUGUUUUGAUGCUUUGUGUAUUUACAUGUUCUAUUUAUUUAUUUAGUUAAAGAUUUUAUAUUCCAUUUCAUAAUUUAAAUUUGAUGCCAAAAUGCUCUCUGUAGGCAUAGUGUACAAUUGCACUGAUGUAAUUUGUGUCUAUUUAUUAAUUACUAACAUAUUUAUAUAUGUGUUUGUUAAGCUACUUGGUUAAUGAAGGAGUGCAAAACCUCCCCAUAGUUGCUCUUUGGUGUUCGAUGUGCCAUUCUCUGAUGUAGGAUGUGGUAGACGUUGCCAUGCUGCAGCCCAACGGUCAAAUCUAAAUAUCGUAUUUUUUAGCACAGCUCCAGAAAAUGCUGCGUGCUCCAGAAAUGGGUUGGUUUUACGCCACUUGAAUUAACUUUUUCUGAGAAAAUCAUCAGGUAUUUCUAUUUAACUAGAAAGCAAGAAAAACACGUCCAAAUUAAUUUUCUGCCAGUGAAAAGCCAAUAUAUAUAUAUAUAUAUACACAUAUAUAUAUGAUAUAUAUCCAGACUGAACUUCUUUUCGGUGAAGGAAGCCGUCUGUUUUUAAACACUAAAAUCUUAAAUCUUUUUAAGUCGUCACUGUGAAAUCACCUGAUUUUGCCUUACAUGAGUAUUCUACUGUUCUACUUAAGUGUCUGAUGUGACAACGUAUUUUCGUAACUUAUUGUAACAUUUUCUUGUAUUUGAGAGGAACUUAACUUUUGGUCAGUGAUAUUUGUGGUUAUGUUGUGUAAGGUUUGACAAAUCAAUGUACUGUAUUUUGUAUCGGUACAGUUUAUAGCCAAAUUGUUGAUGUUUUUUAAAGUGGGGCAAAAAAAAAAACAACAAAAAAAAAAGAGUCAAAGGACGGGUUCGAAGUGUUUGAGAAGGAGUGCAAUUAUGGGGAGGCUUUUUGCUCCUUGGCAGGGAAGCUCUAACAAAAACGCUAAUGGCCUCUGCCACAGAGGUCAUCAAUAACAAAAGUACCAUGCAAAGAAGAGGGUUGAAAGAUGUUAAUGGUCAAUUGUUGGAUAUUUAACAGUAUGGAAUGGUUGUUUUCAUAAGAUGCAAAGUUGCAAUUUCAGAGAUUAUGAAUAUGAGGAUAUUUUUUAUUGCAGAACGUCUGUUUACUCCGAGGAGUAAACUGGAUGAAGUACAUAAAGGGUCUGUUUAAGAAAGAGUGUAUUUAUACAUGUAUUUAGUAUCGUAUGCAACUGUUCCGACAGCACUGAGGUCGGCCCCAUUCCAUUCAGUGUUACAAAACUACCGAAACAGUCACACAAACAAUCAGGGAUGUAGUAGACUCUAAAAAAGAAUUGUUUACCGAAAAAUGUUUACACAAGUUUCAUCUGAAAAAUGUACAUAUUGAUAUCAUCUCUGACUACAUCUACGACGCAAUCUCCUCUGCCAAAAAAAUGUGUCAAACACAUUGUGUCAAAAAUUUCAAUCUGCCUUUGGCCUUUUGUCAGAGUUUCCCUGAGAGGUCUGUGUAGGUCUGUGGGAUCAUGUUUGGUAUAUUGUAAUGUUCAUGUACAGACGUGCUAAUCAUUUACUCACCUAAAGCGCUGUUGGGAAGAUUUUCCAACCUCCCCCCUCCCCGAAAAGGAAUCACGUUUGGUUACUACACACCUCCACAGUUGUACAAUUUGUUUCAGUUGAAGUGUUUAUCGUCUGCUGUAAUCCUCCAUCAAAGGUUUUGUUUGCCUUUAACAGAUCUGUGAUUCCUAUGCAAAUAAGUCAAGAAAAAAAACAACCCUUAAAGGAAAAAUCCACCUCUGAUUUUUUUUUUAUUGUUUCAACACGUUCAAGGAGUUGAGCUGGAGUUCUGCUUCUAAAAUGGUGUGGCUAAAAAAAAAGAAAAGAAAAUAUACACAGCAGAGCUACAGAGAUAAAGAAGUGCGAAUGGUCAGUUUUGGGCGGUUGUUUUCAACAUGUUAUUCAUGUUGGUAGAGAUGAUUAAUGAAGACAGCUUUAAGUAAUUUAAAGAGAGGAUCGUCUCCUUUUCAAUAACACUAAAAAAAAUUAUAUUGUGAUCCGGCAAGGCCCUUUACAGUAGUGGAAAACAAAGUAGUAGUCUCCGAAUUACUAAAAGAUUGGAAUUAAUUGUUAUUAUCAUAAUAUUUUUUAUUUUAUUUUAUCUAAUCUAAUAUUCUUUAAUAUUCUAAUCUAAUAGUCUUUCAGGGCUUUGCAGGUGCAUUACUCUUUUGCAAAAUAAAUGACAAAGCUUUAUAUAAAUAAUCAGGGUUGAGGCAAAUUACUUAAAGAUCUAGUCAGAGAUACUGAAUACAACUUGCAUGGCAAUUUUUGUGAUUAAUGGCAAUAAAUUAGAUUACAAAACAAAGUAAUCUGUAUACUUUUGGAUUACUUUAAUUUUAAAUUAAAAUACAGAAAAUUAAAUAAUAAAAUAAUAAUUAAAUUAAAUAAUAAAUUUAAUUAAAUAAUAACUAGAAUAAACAAUAAAAAAUAUUUCAAUUUAUUCUUUAAAAAAAAAGAUGGUUGCAGCCACAAAAUUCCAAUUUGAGUUCCACAAAUAUUCUUUUUUUCUCUUUGAACAUCUCAAAACAUUUUCAAUACAAAUAAAAUGUAUUUUUCAUAUUUAUUUAAAUUAUAAUAUAAAAAUGAAAUAAUAAAAUAAUAAUUAAAUUAAAUUAAAUUAAAUAAUAAAUAUAAUAAACAAUAUAAAUAUUUCAACUUAUACUUUAAAAAAAAAUGGUUGCAGCCACAAAAUUGGAUUUCCACAAAUAUUCUUUUUUUCUCUUUGAACAUGAAAAAACAUUUUCAAUACAAAUAAAAUGUAUUUUUCAUAUUUAGCAUUUACAAUUUCUCAAAUCAAAUCCCCUUAUUGAUCACCGCCACAAAGUAGAGCACUUGACUAAGAAACCCAGCAUGUCAGACGCGCUAUUCAAAACUACAUAGAUCAUUGGUCAUCAUGAAAUGGUUUAACAAUUUUAAAAUUGCCAUAAUUUAAAGACGUAAAGUUGUUACUGACAGUGUAACAAAUACUGUCUGGGCUGAUUAUGGUUUCUUCUGAUGACGUUACUACCCAACCUUGUCAACAAUGAAUGCCCAGCUCAGUUAUCGUCUCCUUUUGAGUCGGUGGACAAAUUUUAAUUUAAGAUUAAGAUCAACAUCGUCAUUUUGUUUUAGAAAAGGGACUAAAAAGAAACCUGGAUGAGUUUGAGUGUUGCAGUGGUGCUAUGACAAUCAACGAGUGAAAUCGUACGCUGAAUUUUUUUUGUUCACGCCAGAGUAAUAAGCAUAAAUCCAGCUUUACUUUGACAUGAAGUGACAUUUCUUCCUUUCACUGUAAACUUCUCACCCUGCCAUACCUCGGUCGAUAAUUUCCUCCGUCUUUCCGGACUUCCUCUCCACCUUAACACAUCUCUUCUAGUGUGACUGUUAAACAUCAAUUCAAAACUGCUGCAAUUCUCUGUAACCCUGACGCCAAACCUGAUUUACUGUUAAUGUCAGUGAAACAUCUCACCACAGUUUCUGAAAAUAUCUAAAUGUAUAAUAGGCCAGUCAUGUACAGGAGAAGAAAAAUAAACUGCUAAAAAAAGGCCCAGAAAUGCACGACACUUUCCAAGAAGCUGUUUCUAUUUGUUGGAUUUUUCCUUUAAGUCACUGAAACAAAAUGUAAAGAACUCCUUCUCUACAGAAAACAUGUUUCCAAAGGUUUUAUUCCAAAACAAAGUAAGUGUUUGAGCCCAAACUUCCCUGUUGCAUUUCAAGUAAUGCCAGUGAUUUGAGCUUUUCUCCCCCCGUCACUUCCUUCCUGUCAUCCUGCUGAAUACUAGUCCUUCACACUGACCUUGUACAUACGCUAUAGCUGAAACAAAAUGCAUGACUAAAACUGACAGUCAAAACCUCUAAAUGAAGGCCUUCUAUAGCUGCGCAGGUUUGAUUUGUGUAACAUAACGCUAUCACAAAGUCUAAAGGGAUGCAUGUAUGGGUUUCUCCAACUGUGCGACAGUUAACUCCUGUUAAGUGACUCUGUUACCUCCAUCUCUGUAUAAUGCUACUUCACGAAUGAUAAGAGAAUGUAUUUUCUGUGGCACUGUCCUAGUUUUAGCCUGUUUGCCAAAUGACGUUUGGAGUUAUUGGUCCCGUCACAGUCGGACCUCUUCUUCUACUCUCUGCUCUUCAGUCGCCCCUUCUUCUCCUCAGAGGAAUCACUCAGUCUCUCUCUUCCUACCGUAGCAUCUCACAGCAUACACAUUUACACAGUGUACAAGUGUAAACAGUCGAUUCUCGUACUUAAAAAAAAAAGAACCCGCAGUCGACCCGGCCCCCUCCUCUCCAUCAGCACAACCCUUUUGGCUUUCUUGAGAAAACAGACGCAGGUUCUGUCUCGCAGAGUUUGCAGAUUGGCACGUGCACUGAUCGUAUGCAUACGUGGACUUGAAUCUUCUGAAGCUUCUGCAUUACGCAGUCAACUGCAUGACAUGAUAGACACAUUGAGCUGAUUCUUAUCCCAUGUUAUGUACAGGAGUUUGAUCUAGCUGUGCUGAGUGUGUUUAAAGACAUCAGAUAUGAUUGUUUUAUGUUGUCUUUGCCUAUCAUGUCAGGUUUUGGACUGUGUAAAGUGUAAUUCUUGUUUUGUUUUUUUGUUUCUUUCUUUGUUUUUUGUGCAAUGUUUAGUCCACUAGUUGCUUCGCACUUUAUUUGUGACUUCCUGGCUUUUGAGCAGGGACUGUUCUGCCCGAUGUGAAUGCUGACUGUUUCACUCCAGAUGUAUAGUCCGGAGAUAUUUUCAUGUCAAAGAAAAGAUGAAUUCUCUAUUUUCCUUUGUAAACUAUAUUUUGGCUUGUCUUGUUUUUUAUCUGUGAAGAUUUUAGGGGAUGCAAAACUAGAAAGGGCUUACUCCAGUGCAGCUUGCGCUCUCGUGUUGGAAAGGAACGGCACUCCGAAUGUAUUUCUUUGUCGGUCAUUUUUCCCCCCAUAUGAAAUAUCGCAUCGAGUUUGAGCGAGAUAGUACUAGAUAGUAGGCCUACUUAGUUGCAACCUCAAUAGUAGGCCUGCUCAAGUGAAGCAGUCUGCAUCUUGACUACACUAACUGCUACUACCAAGAGUACUGUACAGUCUGACUUCAUGAAAUUAGCUGCAACUCUAAAAAAUGCAGGUUCCAUGUUUUGGACAAGAAUGUGAUUCCAUCAAAAUUUAAAUAUGUCAGACAACUGUUCUCGCAGGUGAGAUUGUAAAAAAACAUUUAGUCGUUGUGAUGGGAUUUAAAGCCAGUUGUCAUAGUGGCCAAACAGUGGAACUACAAUUCCAGAGUUUUUCACAUGACGCAGUUGGACCCAUUGACUUACAAUGGGAAAGAGACAUCUGUAAAUCAGUGGAUACAUUUUUUGUCGAAUCACAGCCCCCGCAAAAUGAUUUGUUCCAAUAUCAGAUUUAUAAUCUGAUAUCUAAUAUAAUCCAUUUGGUUGAUAACAUUUGGAAAGUCUUACAGAGACACAAGAUUAAAUAUUUUUAUUCCCAUUUAAGUUAGUAGAGCACUAAACCAGAAGUAGCCUGCCCAGCCAGCAGAAGUCUCUAGUACACUUGCUCUUUGGGCCCAAUGAUGCAGAAGUAGUUUCAUACUGCAGAAACAGAUUUUUCUUUGCUUCAUGCACCACUGAGCAACUUUCAUAGGAAUAAACAGGAUCCCACCUUCAACACU